GGGUGAGGAAGCGGGCAGCGGCCGGGAGACGAGGCUCGCCUCAGAGGACUCGCUCGUCACCGGCGCCCUCGGUGCGCGUGACCGAGAUGAGCGCCCGCAGGCCAGGACGCCUUUCUCGUCGGGGAUCCCCAGACCGAACGCGGCUGCCGGUAGCGUGGGUGCUGGCGAGUCAGCCGGCCACGGUCCGGUCACUCGAGCGUGGAAACACGGACACGCACGUGCGGCCUCCGCGUGAAGGGACGGGAGCAGCACGGUAGGUUCCGCGCGAGGAAACCUGACGGGCAAGAAGCGUGCACAAGGGCUUGACGUGGCGCCGCGAUUCUAAGACCUCCCUCCAGAAAAACGGAAUAGUCUCAUUUUCUUCGGAGUCCAGAGCAAACUCCACACAUACCAUUUCAUCCACACCUAUCUCAGUAUUAAUCUAUAAAGACCAGGACUACCUUGUAAAACAAAACUACAACUCUACCAUCAAAUUAAAAAACCUGGUGAGCACGCGUAACUCCCGACGUCCCGUAAUAUUCUUCCUUUGUAAAUAGCUGUUCAAAUGAGGAUCAGAUGAAGGGCGAGGGGGAAAUGCCAGGGGCAGACAAAACCACCUUGGUAACUGACAACCCCAGUCUGCAUCGGAGAGGAACCUCCUUCCUGCCAUGAUCUUGGAACUCCUGGUGCCUCGCCCGGCGGGACCCCUGGUCAGCCCCUCCUUUCUUACUCCCCAUGUCUUUCUCUUCUCCGGUUGGUUUCUGCCCUUUAGCCCCCCUAACACUCCUUGCCUCUGGAGCUGUCCCUCCACGCCAUCCCAUCAAGGUCAGGAGUAGUGGCCACGCCCUCUGACCCCACUCACUUCUCAGCACCUUCAUCUGGGCCCACCUGGCCACUGAGCCCAAGCCUCUGUCAGCGCCAGUGACUUGCUGAACACCGAAGCUGAUGGCUUCUCACCGGUUUUCAUCUUCGUAAAGCUCUUUCGGGGAUCUUUUUUGUUUUUGGGUUCCAAGACCCUGCCCGGCCUAACCUUGGGUCCCCACCUCGAAUGGCUCCUCCGUCUCCUGCACUGGCUCCUCUCCCUCUCCCACCCCUGGAGAGAAGACCUCUCCUUUUCUCUCCCUGUGCUCCUCUUUGGCAAUCUCCUGUCUGCACGAUUACCCUGAGAUACCGUCACACUUUACAGACAGGUUAAAUAACUUGCCCCAGACUUGCCUCAUAUGUAGCAGAGCCAAGGUUCAAACCAGGUCCGACUCUCUCUGAAGGCAGUGGCUUCACGACCAUGUUGUGCCGGCAACCACAGCUCCGUGCUGGGUGACUGCGUAUAACGUAUGAUGUGAAGAAACCCCCUGCACCUCUCACCCAGCUCCAGCCGAUGAUCUAGUCGUGCUUUUUCGCUUUCCCAGGAGACUCUCACCUGCUUGUCCCUCACUCUGGAUUCCUCUGAAGCAAGUCCCAGACACAUCGUUUUGUUGAAACAACAGUGAAGAGUUUUGCCCAUAUUUCUUCACACCCUUGCUGUCUCCUGCUGACUCUGGUGCUUCCCCCAUGUGGCCCUUCAUGGUAUGCUGUGCCCCCUGCUUCCAGAGAACUCGCACACGGCCCGGAGGAGAUGGAUUGGAGCACGCUGCAGACCAUUCUGGGGGGCGUCAACAAACACUCCACCAGUAUUGGGAAAAUCUGGCUCACCGUCCUCUUCAUUUUCCGCAUUAUGAUCCUUGUCGUAGCCGCGAAGGAAGUGUGGGGAGAUGAGCAAGCCGAUUUCGUCUGCAACACUCUACAGCCUGGGUGCAAAAAUGUGUGCUACGAUCACUAUUUCCCUAUCUCUCACAUCCGACUCUGGGCUCUCCAGCUGAUCUUCGUGUCCACGCCGGCUCUCCUGGUGGCCAUGCAUGUCGCAUACCGGAGACACGAGAAGAAAAGGAAGUUCAUUAAGGGGGAGAUAAAGAAUGAAUUUAAGGACAUUGAAGAGAUCAAAAGCCAGAAGGUCCGUAUCGAAGGGUCACUGUGGUGGACCUACACCAGCAGCAUCUUCUUCCGCGUCAUCUUUGAAGCAGUCUUCAUGUACGUCUUCUACAUCAUGUACGACGGGUUCUCCAUGCAGCGCUUGGUGAAGUGCAACGCGUGGCCUUGUCCCAAUACAGUGGACUGCUUUGUUUCCAGGCCCACGGAGAAGACCGUCUUUACGGUUUUCAUGAUCGCGGUGUCUGGAAUUUGCAUCCUGCUAAAUGUCACCGAAUUGUGUUAUUUGCUAAUUAGAUAUUGUUCUGGAAAGUCCAAAAAACCAGUUUAACGCAUUACCCAGCCAGUGGAUAAAAGAGAGGGUGAAAAGGAGGAGGCACAGACAGGUGCUUUGCUGUCAAGGCACAGUCACCAGCAUUUCCCGAGAUACAGAUUCCUAUCUUAAACGCAACCAUUUGAAACUGCUCUGGAUGUCAGUGAAACUCCAGAUGCCUCCAACAGAGCUCUCCUCUCCUAAAGCUUGAAAACAAAGGCAUGAUUCUGUGCCUAUACUGAUUUUCACUAAAAUUAGUUCCAGUGAGGCCCCGGGCCGCUAGGGCUUGUGGGUGUAGGCUGUCUCCUGUUCUAAACAAAGGACAUCAGCAUUUCUUUCUCUUUCUUGGAGGAAAGGAGAGAAACGCCAGGUUCUAAAGAGGAUGCUGAGAAGGUUUGCUUGAUCUCCUUAAGGGUCUCUUUGCCGUUUUCCCUGAAUGAAAGGUGAACAUAGAGAUUCUUGGUUCUUUUAUUCACUUGGGGAGUUUUAGUCUGUAACAGUGGACAGGGUUAUCUAACGCUUCAAACUCUGUUGUGCUUUUUUAAGUGAAAACUUUAAAAUGGGAUAGAUGUUCUUUUGAUCCGUAAGAUGUUCUGAAAACCGUGAUAUUUCAAAGGCUUCAAAGCCCUAUUUCAAAGGCUCAGAUUCUGAUAUGUAAACGGUGUGCAGUUAGAUACUGUCAUUGAGUUUAAAAUAGAGCCUUUCAGUUAUGAGUAAUUUGCAGCGCCCCUGCGAGGCUGGUGGCCGUAUUCAUUGUGGUACGUAGCCCGUAAAAGCAUUUCAGCCUCUCACACGUGAAACGAACUAGAAGUUCUUAGGGGUGGCUUGUAUUAGCAAAGAGCCUUAUUUCAAAAACUUAGGUGUAAUUUUGCAUGAGAAGUACACGCUGGAUGGACCACCAGCUACUACUGACUACAGGCUGGGGCAAGCCGCCCUCUCUACAGUGUUUGCCCUUUCCAUUACUGUGGUCAACAGUGGGAGCACUGAUUUAAAGAGGUUGCUUGGGAAUGCUUCAUUGCCACAGUACAAUUUAAUGGUGCAGAACAAAAUGGGGGGAGUGGUAGUUACUGUUUUUAAAGAAUAGAUGGAAACAAAAUUUUAAAGAAUUUAGAUGGACUCGAAAUUCUAAUGAUUAAAAAUGAGUUUCGUCUACUUCAAAAGUUUGCUUCCCUCUUUAGCAUCCGGUUUUCUUAAGUGAAAAUAGAAUUGGUAGGCAUUUGUUUUUAAAUAGAAAUUAGAGUUUAGAUAAAUAUUUAGGUGUUCUAUGGGACAAACUGGACCCUAAUACUAUCACUGUGCUUGACAUGGUUUCCAAAAAAUGGUACUCGACAUACUUUCAUGAGGGUAAACACUUUUCUGUCGCCAAGAAAGCACUGUAAAAACAUUUUGUAAUAAUAAAUCAUAGCUUUAAUUACAUGCUUGUAACUAAAUAAUUUUGUAAUGUCUCAAAUGUCAUUUAAAAUAUUAAAUAUAAUUAAUUCGUAAAAUAA